AUGUGCCAGCCCAGCCCUCCGACCGUGCUCGACCAUCGCCAUGAGCCGGCAGGACGCAAGACUGGUCAUGAAUCGGCCGCUCAUAACGGAAGAUCGGUGCUUAUAAGUCGAAGGCAGGAGAGUACAAGACGCGGUGGUCACUGGGCGAGGACUUUGAUGGAACAAAAACUCAAGCUGUACAAGAUCGGAGACAAGCACUUGAUGGAUAAAAAUCAGGACUCAAUUGCACGCUUGGUCGCGAAAUCAACGCGUGUUCAUCACCAGAAGCGAGGUAUUGGCGAAAGACGGAUAGGCAAGAUCAACACAUGGGCUGAAGAGGAGCCUGUUUCUGAGCACGACCGCAGCGUUUGA